AUGGAGGUCUCCUCGUCUUCGAUGACUCGUCGUCACCCGGCAUCGCUCUUGCCACGAUUUAUGCACGACCCUGCAUUGCUCGAGCUUAUUCGCACCUCGGUUACUUCCGAGAUGGUAUGUGAGUCGGCCCUUUCCGCGGGAUCCUCGGGCACUGUGUUGGCUUCGGCGCGAGUGCGCGGAUCCGCCAGGCGCUGGGCUCGCCGAUCACCCGUGUGGCGUGCAAUCAUCAUGUCUGAGGCCGCGACUGACUUUCUUUCUUUUUUCAUUUCGCUCCUUACAGCCUACAUUGCCGACAAGGCUUGCGAGGUUAUCGGAUGCGCCCCUGUCCCUGUCUCGCGCGGCCUCCCCUCCCCUCCGACGACGCCGAUCCGGUCAAACUUUUCCAAUCCCGCUUCGACUUCGUCCUCGACUACACCCGCAGGCGUCGAAAUUCCUUCCCUCACCGCCUUAAUCGCGACCCUUGUACAAAAGUCGAACGUCCAGGUCCCGACGCUGUUGUGCACGCUCGUGUACCUCGAUCGACUACGCUCGCGCCUGCCCAAGGUCGCGCACGGCAUGGAAUCGACUCGGCAUCGCGUCUUCCUGGCCACGCUCAUCGUCGCAGCAAAGUACCUCAAUGGUAAGUCCGACGUGCCUAGUCUUCCCGAGCGUCGGGUAGCAUGCGCUGUCAGGGCGUGCGUACCCCCCUUGGCUCCGGGAUGUCUCGUCGCCCAUUCAGCCGGUUCAGCGGUGUCUCAGAUGGAGUGGGACGCUGACGCGUCCUGCCUUUGCAAAAAACCUUGCAAUCACCGCCUCUUCUGAAACACAUAGAUUCCUCGCCGAAGAACAAGCACUGGCAGAGGUGAGUGUUUCUUGUUUUUUGGCAUAAAGAAAAGUCUUGUACAUCUCGCUGAUCAUGCCGGUCCAAUGUUGUCGCCCUGCUGCAGAUACGCCGCGAUCUUCCCCAUCGCCGAGGUCAACCUGAUGGAGCGUCAGCUAUUAUUCCUGCUCGACUUUGACCUUCGCACCGAUGAACAAGAGGUUAGUUUGUUCACACCAUUCUGUCUCAGUUUAUUGUGUGCCCCUCCGGGAUGGGCGAUCGGCCAGACGGCUGCCCCCCACGUUCAUUUCAUUCUGAAACCCGGGACCGGCCGAUCGCUGGCGACGGCGGCGCGCGCGCCCGCAGGGCGGCCUCCGGAUCGGCGCGGCAAGGCUCGGGAUCGGCACCUGGCACUGACCACGAUGUCUCGCUUUGUGGCUUCAUCUAAACAGCUCUGCAAUCACUUUGCCCCCUUCUUGAGUCAUUUCACUCCCGUUGCAUCGGCUUUUGCGGACCCUUCCGCGUCGACCUCGACCCCUGUACGCGCCAAGGCCAUCGGACGCAAUGCCGCGCCUCACUCCCCGACGGCCUCGCCGAUCACCCACAAGCAAUCCCCUACUCUUCGUCGGUUGUCUCGUAGCCCGAUUCAAAACCAACAGUCACAGUACUAUGAAUGUCGAAGCUCCAAUUUGUCGUUCAAGGUAUCACCUUCCGACUCGGAGUCGUCGGCGUCGACAUGUUCGCCCGAGACGCCGAUCGACGAGCUGCCUUCUUUUCCUCUGCACUCCAUUUCGAUGGAACCAGCACGGCGGUCGUCAUUCGCCAAGAUGUUUGAAGCUGGCAAGGAAGUGCUUGGGUUCGCACAAUCGGCGGCAAUUUCGACAACAUACACGAAGCCGACAUACUACUCGUCCAUCCCUUCAAUGCGAUACACCAACACCGAUGGGAUCGAGGUGAUGCAGUAUUGA